AUGCGAGUGAAAGAGAUGCACCCGCUGUGCUGUAUCUCCCUAGAGAGUCCCGUAAUCGGUAACCAUUCACCGGAGCCGGAGGCGGCAACGUUUUCCAGGACCAGGAGCCUCCCGGCGGUUGGAUCUCACGGCAAUGCCGGUGGUCAGGGAUCGGAGGCCACAGUGGCCGGCGUUCUCUACAAGUGGACCAAUUUCGGCAAAGGCUGGAGAUCCCGAUGGUUCCUCUUGCGGAAUGGCGUCCUCUCUUACGCCAAGAUCCGCUGCCCGGAGAAUCUCAACCUCCUCACACCGGCCGACGACAUCCGCCUCAUCGGAGAUGUUUCCACCAAUAGACUCGCACGGAUGGACAGCGUCACCAUACGACGGAAGCACCGCAAAGCUUCUUCUUCUGGCGUAGUCCAUCUCAAGAUUUCGUCAUUUAGAGAGAGCAAGUCAGAUGAUCGGCGUUUCUAUAUAUUUACAGCAACGAAGACUCUCCAUCUGAGAACUAAUUCGAGGAAAGAUCGGGUAGCGUGGAUACAAGCUUUGGUAUCAACUCGUGGCCUGUAUCCCCUUCAACCUCUCACUGAUCAUCUAUCGCUUGCACCCAAUGAUAUAUCCGUGUCAACCGAGCGGCUUAAGACCCGCUUGCUUGAGGAGGGUACCAGUGAGAACCUUGUAAAGGAGUGUGAACAAAUCAUGCUCUCAGAGUUCUCCGAAAUACAAGGACAACUUGAAGUUCUUUGUCAAGAACGAUCUGAUUUGCUUGAUACAAUAAGGCAAUUGGAGGCAGCAAAUACUGAACCAGAGCCCUCUGCAAUACAUGAUGGUGAAUACCAAUUAAGAAAGAGCGAGUUUUCAAGUCUUGGACGCGGAAAAUAUAGUGAAUGCAGCACAACUGAAUCAUCCGAUGAUAUUGAGAAACAGGAGAUGGAGGAAGUGUCAGAUGAAGAUGAAAUCUCAUAUUAUGAUACUAGAGAGUGUUUCACACAGCCUGGUUGCAAGUGUGGGUCAACAGGAGCUAUGGAUCAAGUGGACAAUUUUAGGGAAGCCAACACACAAUGCACUGAUAUGGAGAACAUUCAGCCUGAGAAAGUGGUCUCUAAUUUUAGACAUCCUCCGAUUGCUAGACGAAGAAAGCUUCCAGAUCCUGUUGAGAAAGAGAAGGGUGUAAGUCUUUGGUCAAUGAUAAAAGACAACGUGGGAAAAGAUCUCACGCGAGUUUGUCUUCCUGUAUAUUUUAAUGAGCCGAUAUCAUCUCUUCAAAAAUGUUGUGAGGACUUGGAAUACUCUUAUCUUCUGGAUCAAGCUUAUGAGUACGGAAAAUCAGGAAACAGUCUCCUUCGGGCACUGAGUGUCGCCGCCUUUGCAGUUUCUGGAUAUGCAUCAUCUGAAGGUCGUCAUUGCAAGCCCUUUAAUCCUUUGUUAGGAGAAACCUAUGAAGCUGAUUAUCCUGAGAAAGGAAUUCGCUUCUUUUCUGAGAAGGUCAGUCACCAUCCAACUCUCAUUGCCUGCCACUGUGAAGGUAGAGGAUGGAAGUUUUGGGCUGACAGCAACAUCCGUUCAAAGUUUUGGGGAAGGUCAAUUCAGCUUGACCCAGUUGGAGUUCUGACCCUAGAGUUCGAUGAUGGUGAAAUAUUUCAGUGGAGCAAGGUCACCUCAACAAUUUAUAAUCUUAUCAUUGGGAAAAUAUACUGUGAUCAUCAUGGGAACAUGGAUAUACGUGGUAAUCGUAAAUAUUCUUGCAGACUGAAGUUCAAAGAGCAGACGAUUCUUGACCGAAAUCCUCACCAGGUGCAUGGAUUUGUUGAAGAUGUGAUGGGAAAAAAAGUUGCCACAUUAUUUGGCAAGUGGGAUGACAGCAUGUAUUAUAUUAGUGGUGAUGUGAAUGUCAAGCCAAAAGAUUUCAUUUCAUCAAACGCAUCGUUGUUGUGGAAAAGGACUAUGCCACCCUUUAAUCUCACCCGGUACAAUUUGACACCGUAUGCUAUCACUCUGAAUGAGCUUACUCCAGGACUGGAGGAGAAGCUCCCACCCACGGAUUCUAGGCUCAGACCAGAUCAGCGGCAUCUAGAGAACGGGGAAUACGAGAAGGCUAAUUCGGAGAAACAAAGGUUGGAAAAACGGCAAAGAAUGUCAAGGAAAAUACAAGAAAAUGGUUGGAAGCCUAGGUGGUUCGAAAGAGAAGGUGAAAAUGAGACAUUUAGAUACGUUGGUGGCUAUUGGGAAGCGAGAGAGCUUGGAAGAUGGGACGGGUGCCCGAACAUAUUUGGUGAAUUUAAUGAAGAUAUUGUCGAUCCUUAAGAUCAUGAUCACCAAAGCUAAUAGGCCCGCGGCGGGUAUAUCUUUAUUCUUGCUUGUCGAUUGUUUUGACAGAAUGGGAGAGUACGUUUUGCGAACCUCUGAAAUCAGGAUCCUUUGCGGUUAUGGUUGGACAGGCUUUGUGUAUUGCCCUUGUGUUGGUGAUAUAAAAACAAUCAAAACCGGGGAAGAGGUAGCAAAAGUAACUUCCAGCUAUUGUAUUGCCCUUGACGUUGCUUUGUGAAUUUAAAUGACUUAUAUCGCCAAUGGCUGGUACAGUUGUAAUUUUCUUGACCUUAGGGACCAAGCACGCAUAUUGCUCGGAAGAGAGUUGCGGUCCACUAAUAAUCUGAAAUGAGAUUUUUACUUGAUGUGCAUAUAUGAGAAAAGAAUCCGGCUUAGGAACAGAUGUUAGAUCAGGGCAACUUCUGUAUGUUACAUUGUCAUAAUUUUGCCUUUUUAUUUUUAUAUAUUUUUGUUUGAAUGUAAUUAUUUGGGGUAUUAGCUGAUAUAAGGAUUUCUCCCAUGAUCCUGUCAUAUAGCUAUU